GUCUUGUCUUGUCAAGUGCAUUGAUACAUUAAGAUCAUGGUGAACAGCAUGAAAUUGCUGUGGGUUUACAGAAAUUAUUUAAUCACCAUCGCAAUACCUCUUCUGCUCAUGCCGCUACCUCUUAUUGUCAACACUUCGGAGGCUAAAUGUGGCUUUGUGCUUAUCCUGAUGGCUCUGUACUGGUGUACAGAGUGUCUUCCACUGGCAAUAACUGCACUCCUGCCUGUUAUCUUCUUCCCUAUGUUGGGCAUCAUGACGUCUGAACAGGUUUGUUCUCAAUACUUCAGUGACAGCACCAUGCUGGGAGCCGGUGGGUUGAUGGUGGCCAUAGCUAUAGAAAAAUGGAAUCUCCAUAAACGCCUCGCCUUGGCCAUGCUUCUGGUAGUGGGCUUGAAGCCAGCACUGUUAUUGGUGGGGUUCAUGAGCAUCACAGCUUUCCUUUCUAUGUGGAUCACUAACAUGGCAUCUACGGCUAUAAUGCUACCCAUCGUACAUGCUGUGCUGGACUCCCUAAGCAAGACUGAGGCAGAGGAGGAAGAUAGGGAGCUACAGCAAAACAUGGCCAUAACAACUUCACAAGUCAAUGAGAGCAAAGAUGGAAUUGACAACUUCCAGGAGCAGCCAAAUCCUAAAGAGCUGUUAAGUGCUGAGCAGAGGAGGCUAAAGCAUGAGCAGAAGUAUCUGAGUCUCAAAAAAGGAAUGAGUAUGAGUGUGUGUUAUGCAGCUAGUAUUGGAGGCACGGCCACGCUCAACGGCUCCAUUCCCAACCUCAUACUCAAAGGCCAGCUUGACAAGAAAUUUACAGAAAAUGGAGGUGUGAUUAACUAUGCAUCAUGGUUUGGGUUUUCCUUCCCCAACAUGGUGCUGAUGCUGAUUCUCUGUUGGCUAUUGCUGCAUGGCAUGUUUUUGGGCUUUAAUGUGAAAGACACAUUUGGUUGUGGAAUAACCAGAAGCAGUCAGCAAAAGGUGUAUGAGAUGAUGAGGCAGGAGUUCAGAAAGCUUGGCAGCAUGAGCUUUGCAGAGUAUAGUGUGCUUCUGCUUUUCAUAACACUAGUUCUGCUGUGGUUCACAAGGGAUCCUGGCUUCAUACCUGGCUGGUCCUCACUACUUUCCAAUCAGGAAAAACCUUUUGUGACAGAUAGUACAGUCUCCAUUUUAAUAACCUUUAUGUUCUUCAUAAUACCCUCCAAGAUUCCAAGAUGUUGGCAUGCUGGUUCUUUUGACAUAAAUGGUAUGGUUGGCAAAAGUGACGAAAAGACUCCUGCCACCCUGCUAAACUCUGAUGCAGUGCAAAAGUUGCUGCCCUGGAACAUUCUGCUGCUAUUAGGGGGAGCUUUUGCACUUGCUAAAGGCAGUGAGGUAUCCAACCUGUCAUUUUGGAUUGGACAAAAUCUCCUGCCUCUGGGGAACAUCCCCCCAGUGGCCCUCUCCUUCGUGCUCUGCCUUGUGGUGACCAUUCUCACUGAAGUCUGCAACAAUGCUGUAAUCAGCACUGUUUUCCAGCCUAUCCUGGCCUCCAUGGCAAUUGCUCUUAAGAUACAUCCACUGUCUAUCAUGCUACCAACCACCAUCAGCUCCUCAUUUGCAUUUAUGCUCCCUGUGGCCACAGCCCCCAACGCCAUUACAUUCAACUACGCCAAACUCAAGAUAAUGGACAUGGUUAAACCGGGACUUGUUCUGAACCUGCUUGGGAUAGUCUGCAUUAACUUUGCUGUUCAAACUUGGGGUUCUGCAAUGUUCAACUUAAAAGAGUUCCCUGCAUGGGCAAAUAUCAUUACCAACCAGACUCUAUAAGUGAACACUUCUUGUUAUUUCUACCAGCCUAUCCAUGAGUAUAAAAGCAGCUACACAGAACACCUCAGAAAGCAUACAUUCUGUGAACUACAACAAAGAUGGAUUCCAAAGCUGAAGAAAGCACAAAUGACCAGUUUGCAUAAGCUGUCACCAAUUUUGUGGGGAGAAUGAUGUAUGUCACUUCUUCUUCUUCUUUCGGCUUCUUCUAUUAGGGCUCGCCACAGCGGAUCAUCCGUCUCCACAACCCCAUGUCCUCUGCCUCUUUCAAACCAACUACCUGCAUGUUCACUUAAGGGGCAUUAAUCUUUUCACAUACUAUAAUACAUAACACAUCAUCAUAUUGCCACUGGUCUGUACCAUUUACACAUAAGAAUGCCUCUGGAGACACUGGUGCUCAAAAUGAUCACUGUUUGUGCAAUCUGACAUGAUAUUCUGCAUCCCAAAGUUACAUUUAGGUGCACUAAUGCAACAGUCAUAUGCAUUAGUGUUAUCUUUAAUGCCAAUUUACUAAAAUAGAUAAUUUGCCAAUUCCUGCACUAAAUUGUACAGGUGGUAGAACAAUGCUAGAAAGGUUGAACCUGCAGGUUGAUACUACUUGUCAUGAAUUGUACAUGUAAGUGUAUUUGAAUUAUUAAGUUUAAAACAAAAAAAUGUUAACUUGAUACUCACUGCAAAAUAGAGAUGUCAAGCAAGAAGGGUAUCAAUAUUUGUGAAAAAAUACAUAGCUGUCUGAAAAAUGGACUAGAAAUACAGAAGUAAGCGAACAUUAACCAUUUUUUGCUGCAAAACGCACACACGUUCCACUAUUUACUGAUCCUGUUUGUCAUCUUUCAGUGUUGGUUAUGACCUAAUGUCAGGAUCAUUCAGAAUAAAUUAUAUAUGAGUUUUA